AUGACUAAUUGCCUUUUGUCUCUGUGUUCUUUGUAUAUAUUUUUGUUCGGUGGGUAUAGUAAGGAUAGAUGGGGUUCUUCAAACUUCAACUCAGGUGCCAACUCUCCAUCAUCUACAAAGACCCGGAGCACAUCUAAGAGUGGGAAGAACUUCCACUAUAUCACCAUCCUCCGAGACCCGGUGUCCCGGUACUUGAGCGAAUGGAGGCAUGUCCAGAGAGGGGCGACCUGGAAAGCAUCCCUGCACGUCUGUGAUGGAAGGCCCCCAACCUCUGAGGAACUGCCCAGCUGCUACACGGGUGACGACUGGUCUGGCUGCCUUCUCAAAGAGUUCAUGGACUGCCCCUAUAAUCUGGCCAACAACCGCCAAGUGCGCAUGCUGUCUGACCUGACUCUAGUGGGCUGCUACAACCUCUCUGUCAUGCCUGAAAAGCAAAGAAACAAGGUCCUUCUGGAAAGCGCCAAGUCCAAUCUGAAGCACAUGGCAUUCUUUGGCCUCACCGAGUUUCAGCGUAAGACCCAGUACCUGUUUGAGAAGACCUUCAACAUGAACUUUAUUUCGCCGUUUACCCAAUACAACACCACUAGGGCCUCUAGUGUAGAGAUCAAUGAGGAAAUCCAAAAGCGUAUUGAGGGACUGAAUUUUCUGGAUAUGGAGUUGUACAGCUUUGCGAAGGAUCUCUUUCUGCAAAGGUAUCAGUUCAUGAGGCAGAAAGAGCAUCAGGAUGCCAGGCGGAAGCGCCAGGAGCAACGCAAGUUUCUGAAGGGAAGGUUCCUUCAGACCCAUUUCCUGAGUCAGAGUCAGAGUCAGAGUCAGAGUCAGGGCCAGAACCAGAGUCCAGGGCAGAACCUGAGUCAGAGUCCAAAUCCCAACCCAAAUCAGAACCUGACUCAGAAUGUGAGUCAGAACCUGACUCAGAGUUCCAAACCCAAUUUGAUCCGGAAGGAGAACCGGGGAAGUCAGAAGCAGGGCUCGGGCCAGGAGCAGAGUCAUAGCAGCACCAGCAAUGGCACCAAUGACUACAUAGGCAGCGUAGAGACAUGGCGCUAAUGGCCCUGAAAGGCGCAUGCACACUGCUUCCCAAAGCACCACCAAAAAGAUGGCGUGUAUCUUACAAGAUGAAAGUGGCCAAACACAUCCUGCUUCCUUCAUUUUGGAAGUUCAAAAAAAGUGUAUAUGUUGCCUUUACAGUUGCCUUUUGAUUCAGUGUUACACUGUGUGUGGCUAAAACAAAUCUCAGUGUGUAAUUAAAUUGUCUUUUGGGGGGAUGAACUAUUUCUGUAAUCCAAGAGCCAAACCAGACUCACCAGAAAUUGCAGUUUAGAUAUUUUAGGAAGUUCUUAAAUUAGCUAUGGAGACACAAAGAAAACACAAAAUGUGGCCAUUUAAACUUAGGGCUAAGAAAGAGAUUUUUAAAUG